CGCCCGCAGUACGUAACUCCACCCCCGACUUCCAUUUCUGAACUGAGGACACAGCACUCGCGAAGAGAAUUUUUUAGGUUAUGUAUAUUUCUUAAUGUAAAUAAACUGUAACGUUAGGCUCUCCACUGAAACUUUGAUACACACACACACAACUGAAGUAGUCUUUGCAAUUGUAGUUGGAACCCGUUCGGACAGUGGCUAGAGUCGAAGCUGGCCUUUUAUUUCACGUUUUAACUUUCCUAAGCGGCGGUUUCCGCCGUUUUUUUUCUUUCGCCCCACUCACUCUCCCGCUGUGUGAGUAGGGGCCUGUAACGUUGGUUUAAGCCACGAGGCGCGUCGGAUAAACCGGAAUUGGGAGAUGGCGGAGUUCGGUAACGGAAUGGACUCAGGGAUGACGGAAGAAUCCCUGCUGGACUCAGACCCAGGGCACCCAGAACUAGAAGACCCGGGUGUUGGCGAUGAGGAACCUGGAUUAGAGGAGGGAGAGGCCGCGAUCGAGGACCCGGAGCUGGAGGCGAUCAAAGCUCGGGUGCGAGAGAUGGAGGAGGAAGCAGAAAAGCUGAAGGAGUUACAGAACGAGGUGGAGAAACAGAUGAAUCUUAGCCCUCCACCAGCCGGUCCCGUCAUCAUGUCCAUCGAGGAGAAAAUGGAAGCUGACGCGAGAUCUAUCUAUGUUGGAAACGUUGAUUACGGCGCCACGGCGGAGGAGCUAGAAGCCCACUUUCACGGUUGCGGCUCCGUCAACAGAGUCACCAUCCUGUGUGACAAGUUCACAGGGCAUCCCAAAGGGUUUGCCUAUAUCGAGUUUUCAGACAAGGAGUCUGUGAGGACGGCCAUGGCAUUGGACGAGUCUCUGUUCAGAGGAAGGCAGAUUAAGGUGGGUGUGAAGAGAACAAACAGGCCAGGUAUCAGCACCACAGACCGCGGGUUUCCUCGGGCCCGCUUCCGCUCACGAGGAGGGAACUUCAACCCGUCGCGCGCACGUUACUACAGUGGCUACACACCGCCCAGAGGCAGAGGACGGGCCUUCAGGGGCCGAGGGCGAACAACAUCGUGGUAUUCCCCUUACUAAUACCCCCAAACACCCUUACUAUCACCUCCUUGUCCCCAUACAAAAAAAGAAUGAAAAAAGUCCCCCAAUAAAGGAAGGAACCCUGAGAAGAAAAAAGACAAAAAAAAGACAAAAAAAUAUAUAUAAAUAUAUCCUGGACAGACAAACUGGCCGCAGUGUGCGAUUGUGUGUGAGCGUGCGUGUGCGGAGUUGGUGCGGUCACCCUGGUAAGGUAUAUGAUGGCCGUUGGGGAGAUUUGGUGGCAUUUCUUUUGAGAAGAUGUUAUCUCAGGCUGCAGAUGUGUCUCCUUUGUCUGGGUGUGAGGGUCACAGCCCCCAAAUGCUUACAUUUGAAAAGCAAACAUCGAGGAUAAGUCAAUCUUUUUUGCUUUUUUUUAUGUACCGUACAUGUGAAACUUCCAAUAGCAAAAAUGUUGUUUAUUUUUUAGGUUGUGGUAUUGGAGUUCUCAUAUUCCCUUGUCUAUCUGACCAGUUGCCACUUACCCUGCCCCAUCCUUUAACUCAUCACUUUUGUUACCAUCUCCCUUUGGUUCCAUCCCAUGCUCUCUUGUUUUCAGUAUCUGACAGCGAUUGCCUUUCAGUGGGUAAAAAAAUAAAUGUCAUCUCCUUUUAGCCCAUGGCAUUCACCCCAAGAAAGCAUGGCCAGAGCUCUGCCAACUUUACUUUA